GAUGUCACAAAAGAGUUAGAAACACUUGCUUAUUUAAUUAUUAAAAAAUAUUUUAUUGAAAGAAAUGAAGAAGAAAUAUGUGUAUUAUAAAAAUGGACAUAAUAAUUUAAAUUUUUUCAAGAUUUAAAUUAAAAAAAAAGUAAUUAAGCUCUUAAAUUACAUGAAAAAUGUUGUUCUCGAUUAAAAUUUGAAACUUUAGAAGCCGGAAGUCAAGUUUUUAUGGUAGAUUUAAUAAAUUUUUAAUAAGAUUGUCCUGAUGAAGAAAAUGAUCUUAUAUAUAAAUAAAUGGGAAUUGUUUAAUUAAAAAGAAACAUAAAAAUUGAAGAAAAAAAUAAAGAAGAAAUAUGCUUUUUACAAAGAUAAAAAUAAAAGUAUUUAUAAGCCCCAAUAAUAGAAUAUUUAAAAGGAUAAUAAUUUGGAGAAAUCGAAGUUAUAAAUGAUACUAAUAGAAAUAAUGACGCUAUCUGUAUUUCUAAUAAAUAUAAAGUAACUUCUCCAGACUACACAAAAAUAAAAUUAAGAUAGAUUAUUCAUGUAUAAGGAGAUAUUAAAAAUACAUUAAAUUAUGAAUUAAUGUCUACAUAGGCAUUUUACGACUUGCCUUCUUUAAAAAUGUACAGAGCUUCAGGAAUAGGUUAUGGAGGCAAAUAUGAUUUUACAAAAUAAACUACUAAGACUCCUGCUCCAAAUGCUUACGAACAAAAAUAUAAUACAAUAAUUGGAGAUAAAAAAGGAUGGUCAUUUGGUUUAAGCAGAGAAUAAAUGACUAUAUGUUCAGGACCUCUUGGAGUUUCUAUGGCUAGUAAAGGACCUGGUCCAGGAACAUACAAAUCAGUUAGUGGACUAAGCAGUUAAGCAUUUACUUUAAGAAUGAAAACAUAAUCACCUGAUCAGAAAAAUACUUAUUUAAAAACACCUGGCCCAGGGGCAUAUUCAUAUUUACCUGCAAUAACUGAAAAUGGAAAAUAUUUCGUUUCAAAAUUCAAAAAUUCUGGUACUUGCACAUUUAAUCCAAAAGGUUAAAGAUUCGCAAAUAAUAUUAAAGAUUUAAAUCCUGGCCCUGGAGCUUAUCCAUCAAUUGCAGGAAUUACUAUUAAUGGAUAGUAUUUCGUAUCUAAAUAUAAGUCUAGUGGAUGUAGAACAUUUACUCAUGGUGCAAGAAAACCUGAAUAAGUUGGAAUGCACAAAGGACCUGGACCAGGAUCUUAUAGAUUACCAAGCGAAUUCGGAUAUUAUGAAAAAGUUCCUAAAUGA